AUGAAGAGAAACGUAAAUGAAAGUUCAACUCGAAGUACAGCAGGCUGUUUGCCUGUACCAUUGUUCAAUCAGAAAAAAAGGAACAGACAGCCAUUAACUUCUAAUCCACUUCAAAAUGAUGCAGCUAUCAGUACUGCUUCUGACAAUUAUGAUUUCCCUCCUUUACCAACAGAUUGGGCCUGGGAAGCUGUGAGUCCAGAGUUGCCUCCUUUAUCAAAAACAAUGAACACAGGGCCAAUACCACAUUCAGUUUCUCGUCCUCUGAGAAGUCAAGAUUCCAUGUCUAAAUCUAUUCAGUCAAAUACUGAAAUAAACCAGAGUGGUUGGAGCUACAGAGGUGGCAAUAAAAAUUCCAGCUUGAAAAGUUGGGAUGGAAAUGAUUUUAAGCCUCAAUGCAAAAGAACAAACCUGAUGGCAAAUGAUGGAAUAAAUUCUUGUCCAAGGAGCUUGGGAGCUCAACAGAAGCAAUUAAGACUAUCUGAACAUCCUAAAUUAUCUCACCAAAGAGAAACUGAAGUACUCCAGCAAACACGUUCAUCAAACAUAUCUGGCUCCACAGUGAGGGCUAUAGACAAAAACAAUAAAUUACAGGGAUUUAAGUCCAAUUUUCAACAAAAUCAAUUUAAGAAAAAAAUGUUGGAUGAUACUCCAGAAGAAAACACUCUCAAGAAAGAGGCCUCAUUGUGUCAGUUAAAACUUAAGGAAAAAGAUAAUUCUUUAAGAAUUAUAUCCGUCGUUAUUGAAAGCAUGAGGUACUGGCGUGAACAUGCACCGAAAGCGAUACUUCUUUUUGAAAUAUUAGGUAACAUACCUGUCAGUGAAAGCUUGAACUAUAGCUGUGGAAUAGAAUAUGAUAAUUGGUUGAAGCCAAGGAUCACCCCUGGAUCUGAGGAUGGCGACAAAUUCUAUCUGAAUCAUUUGGCUAAAAAUGGCAUAGGAGAAGUUUCCUAA